GGAGCGGGGGCGGCUUGGGGGAUUUUGGGGAAUUUUUGGGAUUUGGGGGGCUCCGGGUGCGACCCCGCGGGUACGGUCCUCGCAGUCCCCAACCCGGAGGGGCCCGGGCUGCAGGGAACCGCCCCGAGCUGCUUUCACACGCCUCGGGGACGGGCAAACUCGCAGCUCAGGCCCUGCAGCUUCCCCCUGCCCUGAGCUCCUUCCCAGACCCUGAAGCUCCCCCAGGUCACCGGAACCCCCCGGAUCCUCUGCGGGGUGCGGCGCCAUGUUCGGCUCCUCCCGGGGCGGGGUCCGGGGGGGCCAGGACCAGUUCAGCUGGGAGGAUGUCAAGACAGACAAGCAGCGUGAGAAUUACCUGGGGAACUCCCUGAUGGCGCCGGUGGGGCGGUGGCAGAAGGGCAAGGACCUGACCUGGUAUGCCAAGGGCAAGAAGGACACGGGCCCCCCGUUAUCCCGGGAGGAAGAGCUGGCUGCAGUCCGCCUGGCCGAGCAGGAGGCCAUGAUGGCAGCGCUGGGCUACAAGAGCUUGAAGAGGCAGCCCACGGGCCUCAGCAAAGAGGACCUGGCUGAGGUGUGCAAGAGGGACGGCGGCGAGCGGGACGAGAAGGACGUGGAUCGCGUGGUGGGCUUGGGCAGCUCCAGUGGCAGUGCUGGCAGGUUGAUGCUCUCCAAGGAGGACAGAGAGGCAGCCAAGAUGGGGCUCUCGGUCUUCACGCACCAGAAAGUCUCCAGCAGCCCAGAGACAUCUGUCUCCAAGAAGAAGCAGGAAAAGGAGGAGAAGGUGGAGGAGAAACGACCUGAGAGCAGCAAAAAGUCCAAAAAGGAGAAGAAGAAGGAGAAAAAGAACAAGAAAAAGAAGAAACAUAAGAAAGAGAAGAAGAAGGACAAGGAGAAGCAUUCCAAGAAGGAUGCUGCCUCAUCAUCCUCUGAUUCUUCCCCAGAUCGGGAUAACAGGCACCACGGCCGGAGGGCGCAGCAGCGCUCGGAGGCGCCGCGGCACGGCAGCCGGCGGCGGCACGGCUCGGCGUCCUCGGCGAGCAGCGGCAGCUGCGGCCGGAGCCCCGCCCGCCGGCGCAGCCGGAGCAGGGACGGCCGCGGCCGCCACCCGUCCCCGCGGAGGAAGGGCAGGAAGAGGAGCAGGUCCCGCUCCCCGCCGGCCCGCGGGCUCCGGCAGCGCCACGACACCGACUCGGAGGACUGAGAGGGAGCCUGGGGGUGUUUCAGGGACAUCUUGCAUAGAUUUAUAUUUUUUAAGUGAUUGAAUUAAGAAGGCUGUAGCCCCGCGGGUGCCGGGGCAGUGUGGCAAAGGGCAUUAAGGCUGUGGUGGCAGCAGCCCCUUCCCUGCCCGCCCAGGGGCAGCAGGGCCUGGGCACCCUUCUCCUCACUCCCAAAUCCAUCCAGGCAGGAUUGUGCGUGGAGGAUGCUGUGGGUGAGGGCUGGUGCUGGGGUGGUUCUGGCUGUGGUGCUGAAAAUGCUGUGGAUACCUCGUGUUUAUGGGUAGAGACUUUGGAAGAGAUUAUUAUUAUUAUUAUUAUUGUUAUUAUGAUGGGGUUUUGUCUUCUUUCCCUGCCCUCGAGUGCUUCCCAGUGCAGUGGCUGAAGAGUUUCUUUAGAUUCCCUAAGUUCAUCAGCUGCAUGGGUGGGAGUUUAAAGCUCAUCCAGUCCAAUCCAGGGACACCUUCCCCUGGGCCAGGCUGCUCCAAGCCCUGCCCAACCUGGCCUUGCACACCCAAAUAAUUCCUCAGCUUCUGGGGAGAAAGUGGAUGGGACCAGGUGUCUUCCAUGGGCUUUUUCCCUGGCCACAUCCCCCCACCCCAGGGAGCAGCAAACUCCAUUCCCAACCAGGACUGAAACCCUCAGCACGUGAUUGUUCAUGUUCUUGGCAUGCUGAAAGAGGGGAAUUUUACACCAAUAAAUAGAAAUAUUGAUCCGAGUGGAAAGGGGGUGUCCCCAGCAGCUCCGGAGCAUCGCUGCCAAGCACAAGGGCCUCGUUUGUGUAAUUAAUGAUGCAAUGGAAGACAGGGGGGGUUUGUGUGUCUUGGUGGACAAAAGCCCAGUGGCACCGUGCUCAGGAGCUCACAAAGCCCUUCUGUCCCAGCAGUGGGAGAUGCUGCAGAGCUGUCACAGCCUUCGGUGAUCCCCACCCCAAGGCCAUUUUUGGGGCUGGCAGCCCCUUGGCACCAGGGCUACAGCUCCUGAUCCAUCCCAGGGAUCCCCAGCUGGGGCACCCCGAGCCUGUGCACUCCCAGGCCAGGAGCUCUGCCCCUGCUGGUGCUCACCAGGCUGAGCUCAGGGUCACCUCCACGGGAUUUUGGGAUCCAAACUGGCUGGAGCCUGCUGGGAGCACCCCAGAGCAGGACUGUGCCUAAUGGGAACUGGGCAACAGGUUGGAAAGGCAGCCAUGGGAGAGUGGAAACAGCAGAGCAAGCAGAGAAAAAAAACCACAAAUCCCAGAGUCCUGCUCCCUCUGUGGGCUCCCACAUCCCAUCUUCACCUCCCAGGCUUUGGGAUGGGCUGGGCAGGGCCAGGGGCACCCCUGGCUCCCAGCAAAGGGACAGGGUGCUGGUGUGCACCAUGGCACGGGGCUGGGCACGGCUGGCCCAGCUCAGUUCAGCUCUCCUGGCCUUCCCUGUUUCACACUCAAACCAAGAUCAGUUUGAGAACCACGGGAAGCCAGAACUGAGGGGGCCACAAGUAAAGGAGCCCAGCCCCAUCCCUGCUCCCCCCAAAGCCUCCCUGUCUGGCUGCUGCAGUUCCUGGGGCACUGGGCAGGAUCCUUUUCCCUGGGCUUGAGCCACCUCCUGCCCAGCUGCUUGCUGGGUGCCCAAAACUCCAGGCUGAGAGCCUGGCACAGAGCAGAGCACAGCUCCCACAGCAUCACAUUCCCUGUUUUCCACAGCAAAUUCUGGAUGCAGAGGAGCAGCAUCCUAACCCAGCUGGCCCUUCAAGUUCAAUUCCCUCCCAGAACAGGAGUAAAGGCUGUCCUGCUCUAUUAGGGAUGCAAAUAUCCUGAUUCACAGCUUGAGAUUCCAAGGUGGAUUCCUGGCUUGCAGGAGGUUUGUGAUCCCAGUUUGCCCAGUGCUAUUUACCCUGUACUCCAGCCCCAGUGUCCCUGUUACCCACCCAGAAUCCCAGGUUUUCCCCCAGGGAAUUUGCUCUCUAACCUGCAGGACAGACCUUUCACCCUACAGCUUUCCAGCCUGUGGAAAGGGGGAUCUGCUGCAGCUCCAGCCAGGAGAGCAGCCUGAGCUGAGCACUGGGGAGGAGCAGCUGCAGCUGACAGGGAAGGCAGGAGGAUCACCCGGAGGAGCAGCUCUGUCCCAGAUCCAGAGGGAACUGCACAAAGGGAAAAUGCAAAACAAAGCACUUAGGAAGGUGGAAUUCCUAUUUUUCCCCCACAAAACUGCUAAUUAUGGAUGCUGUAAUUAACUGGGACCAGCAGGAGGAAGAACCUGUUGGGGGAACUGAUGGGGCUGCUCAAGCUCAACAAAGUGACUCCAGUAGAACCCAACAAAGCUCACCCACCAUUCCACCUGCAGGGUUCCAUCCAGGAAUGAUUCAUUCCUUGGAAAAUACAGGAGACAGCCUCAAAUUUUCAUGGAAAUCACGAUGUGGCAAAAAGCUGCCUGGAUUUGGAUCCCCUGCACAAAGAUGAUACAAACCAACACGAUACCAGUGCAAGUUUCAUGAAACUUUUUAUUCAACAAGUAUUUAAUUAUGAUUCUGCCAAGAUGAUCGAAUGAACAGCAAGGCAUAAAAAACAUGAAAUAGUUAAGAGAUUUUUAUUCUAAUAGCUUUAAUUACAGUGCUUGUUUGUCGAAAUGAAAACUGAAAACAAGUAUACAAAACAGUUGAUUACUAGUUGUGUAUUGAAAGCAAUAAAGGUUUCCACAACACUAAAUAAACCAGUUCUGAUAGUUCCUCGAGUUAAAGUUUAACAGCUCCAGCUUCUUCAGUGUUUAUCAAAA